AUGUACAGCAUGAUGAUGGAGACCGACCUGCACUCGCCCGGCGGCGCCCAGGCGCCCACGAACCUCUCGGGCCCGGCCGGGGCGGGCGGGGGCGGUGGUGGGGGCGGGGGCGGCGGUGGCGGCGGGGGCACCAAGGCCAACCAGGAUCGGGUUAAGCGGCCCAUGAACGCCUUCAUGGUGUGGUCCCGCGGACAGAGGCGCAAGAUGGCCCAGGAAAACCCCAAGAUGCACAACUCGGAGAUCAGCAAGCGCCUGGGAGCCGAAUGGAAGGUCAUGUCCGAGGCCGAGAAGCGGCCGUUCAUCGACGAGGCCAAGCGACUACGCGCACUGCACAUGAAGGAGCACCCGGAUUACAAGUACCGGCCACGCCGUAAGACCAAGACGUUGCUCAAGAAGGACAAGUACUCGCUGGCCGGUGGGCUGCUGGCGGCCGGCGCAGGUGGCGGAGGUGCGGCCGUGGCCAUGGGCGUGGGCGUGGGCGUCGGGGCGGCGGCGGUGGGCCAGCGCCUGGAGAGCCCGGGCGGCGCGGCUGGAGGCGGCUACGCGCACGUCAACGGCUGGGCCAACGGUGCCUACCCGGGCUCGGUAGCUGCGGCGGCUGCAGCCGCGGCCAUGAUGCAGGAGGCACAGCUAGCCUACGGGCAGCACCCAGGCGCGGGCGGCGCGCACCCUCACGCGCACCCGGCGCACCCGCACCCGCACCAUCCGCACGCGCAUCCUCACAACCCGCAGCCCAUGCACCGCUACGACAUGGGCGCACUGCAGUACAGCCCCAUCUCCAACUCUCAGGGCUACAUGAGCGCUUCGCCUUCGGGCUACGGUGGCAUCCCCUACGGCGCCGCAGCAGCCGCCGCCGCCGCUGCUGGCGGCGCGCACCAGAACUCGGCUGUGGCGGCCGCGGCGGCUGCAGCGGCGGCAUCGUCGGGUGCCCUCGGUGCCCUCGGCUCGCUGGUCAAGUCAGAGCCCAGCGGCAGCCCGCCGGCCCCUGCGCACUCGCGGGCGCCGUGCCCCGGGGACCUGCGCGAGAUGAUCAGCAUGUACCUGCCCGCCGGCGAGGGUGGAGACCCGGCGGCGGCAGCGGCUGCCGCGGCCCAAAGCCGGCUGCACUCGCUGCCACAGCACUACCAGGGCGCGGGCGCGGGUGUCAACGGCACGGUGCCCCUGACGCAUAUCUAG